GCACAUCACCUGUUAAACGGUCCAAUUUAUGUAUUACUCCAUAAACACGUAAACGAAUAACCCUAAAUUAUAUAAACCCUUAAGUUUCCAUUCAUGAAUGGUAAGCCCCUCCUCGGCUGACAUCACGGUUUGUUUAUACACGCGCACGGCCGACGUCACGUCCCCCCCGAUCAAAACCACACACGCCCGCCCUGAGCGGGGUUGUUUCAUCAGCCAGGCGGCGCCUUUUUAAUUCAUAUUGUGUGUAACUUUCGGGCGUUUGGGCGCUACUACCACGACACCAGAUCAUAAAAGACUUCUGGAUCGGCCAUAUCUCUGGGCCCGCUUUACAAUCUAUUGUGACGUCCGACCUCUUAUCCUCACGCGUAGUGGAGCUGUGACUGCCGCCCCUCUGUUGCAAUCUCUUCACACACGGCCAGCCCGACAAGCUGUUUUUAGUUGUAGCUUCUCCUCUACAUUUACAGACAUUCACUCAUUCAACCCAGGGCAAGAGGCACACUUACACCACAGUAUAGAAGACACACAGUCCCACAUAUUAAAAGAAAAUGGCGGACAAGCUGGCCACCUUUGGCAAGGCGCUGCUCCGUCGACGGGCCUUGGACUGCAAUGGCGAGGAGACCCGCUUCGCCCGCUGCCUGUCCACCCUGGACCUCAUCGCCCUCGGCGUCGGCUCCACGCUCGGCGCGGGCGUCUACGUGCUCGCCGGUGAGGUCGCCCGGGAGAAGGCGGGCCCGGCCAUCGUCCUGUGUUUCCUCAUCGCAGCGCUCUCCUCCAUGCUGGCCGGCCUGUGCUACGCUGAGUUUGGCGCCCGCGUCCCCAAGACGGGCUCGGCCUACAUGUACAGCUACGUGACGGUGGGGGAGAUCUGGGCCUUCAUCACAGGCUGGAACCUCAUCCUCUCCUACGUCAUCGGCACUGCCAGCGUGGCCAGAGCCUGGAGCUCCACGUUUGAUAAUCUUGUGGAGCAGAAGAUCUCUGGGUUCUUCAAGGUGGCCAUGGCUAUGAAGGUUCCCGGGAACGUGCUGGCUGAGUACCCGGACCUGUUCGCGCUCAUCCUCAUCCUGCUACUCACUGGCCUGCUGGCGUUUGGUGUGAACGAGUCAGCAUUGGUGAACAAGAUCUUCACGGGCAUCAACCUGGUGGUGCUGGGAUUCGUCAUCAUCUCGGGCUUCGUGAAGGGGGACACGGCCAACUGGGACCUGAAGCAGGACGACUUUGAGCGCUUCUACAACAGCAGCAACUUCUCAAAGCCCAUAAACGUCCAGAAGGACUUUGGUGUUGGCGGCUUCGCUCCGUUUGGUCUUAAGGGCAUCCUGUCUGGUGCAGCCACCUGCUUCUACGCCUUUGUUGGCUUCGACUGCAUCGCUACAACAAGCGAGGAAGCCAAGAACCCCAUGCGUUCCAUCCCCAUCGGCAUCGUGGCCUCCCUGCUCAUCUGCUUCUUCGCCUACUUCGGCGUGUCGGCGGCGCUCACCAUGAUGAUGCCCUACUACCAGCUCAACACGCAGAGCCCCCUCCCCGAGGCCUUCAGCUACGUGGGCUGGGCGCCGGCCCGCUACAUCGUAGCUGUGGGCUCCCUGUGCGCCCUCUCCACCAGUCUCUUGGGCUCCAUGUUCCCCAUGCCCAGGGUCAUCUACGCCAUGGCUGAGGACGGCCUGCUCUUCAGGGUGCUCGGCAAGAUCAAUGGGCGCACCAAGACCCCCCUGCUGGCUACCAUUGUGUCCGGCAUCGUGGCUGCGUUGAUGGCCUUCCUGUUCGACCUGGCCGCCCUGGUGGACCUGAUGUCCAUCGGGACUCUGCUGGCAUACUCCCUGGUGGCCAUCUGCGUCCUCAUCCUCCGGUACCAGCCAGGCACCCUGGGCGGGUCCGUGCCAGGCUCCUCCAGCCAGACGGACAAGCUGGUGGAGCUGGUGGGCGGGGAGAAGGUGGCGGUGACCCGGGGCUGCGACAGCGGCGACGAGGACAGCGGGGAGCCCGAGGACGGGCCCCAGGAGGGCUUCACCUUGAAGCAGCUUUUCAUGCCGAGCCACAAGAGCCCCACCCUCAUCUCGGGCAACAUAGUCUACGCCACCACCGCCAUCAUCUCCGUCUUCAUCACCAUACUGUGCGUGGUGCUGGCCACCCACCUCCACGAGCUCAUCGCAGCGCAACCUGUCGUGGUCACGGCCGUCGUCGUCCUGACCCUGCUCUGCGCCGUCUGCGUCGUCAUCAUCUGGCGACAGCCCCAGAGCAAGGAGGAGCUGACCUUUAAGGUCCCUCUGCUGCCCUGGCUGCCUAUCUUUAGCGUGUUUGUCAACAUCUACCUCAUGAUGCAGCUGGACCUGAGCACCUGGUGUCGCUUCGCAGUCUGGAUGGUCCUCGGCUUCGCCAUCUACUUUUUCUACGGCAUCUGGCACAGCAGCGAGGGCCCUAGCUCUCAACGCAAAUACGAGCCGCCCCUGCAGGCCAAGGGCCCAGUCUACCGGGGGGCCCCCAACGACAGCGACACGGAGGGGGGCAGCUCCCUCUAA